GCAGCCGGCGGCCGGGGCGGGGCCACACUCGGGCCCCGCGUCCGGCUCCCAUGGCCGCCCCCGGCUCCCGGCGCUGCCCCCUCUCCCCCGGGCCGCGCCCCGGGGCCCCGCACUGACGGCCCAUGGCGCCGCCCGCCGCCCGCCUCGCCCUGCUCUCCGCCGCCGCGCUCACGCUGGCGGCCCGGCCCGCGCCCAGCCCCGGCCUCGGCUCUGGACCCGAGUGUUUCACAGCCAAUGGUGCGGAUUAUAGGGGAACACAGAACUGGACAGCACUGCAAGGUGGGAAGCCAUGUCUGUUCUGGAACGAGACUUUCCAGCAUCCAUACAACACUCUGAAAUACCCCAAUGGGGAGGGCGGCCUGGGCGAGCAUAACUAUUGCAGAAACCCAGAUGGAGAUGUGAGCCCCUGGUGCUAUGUGGCAGAGCAUGAGGAUGGUGUCUACUGGAAGUACUGCGAGAUUCCUGCCUGCCAGAUGCCUGGAAACCUUGGCUGCUACCAGGAUCAUGGAAAUCCACCUCCUCUAACUGGCACCAGUAAAACAUCCAACAAACUUACCAUACAAACCUGCAUCAGUUUUUGUCGGAGUCAGAGGUUCAAGUUUGCUGGGAUGGAGUCAGGCUACGCUUGCUUCUGUGGGAACAAUCCUGAUUACUGGAAGUAUGGGGAGGCGGCAAGCACCGAGUGCAACAGCGUCUGCUUUGGGGAUCACAGCCAGCCCUGUGGCGGCGAUGGCAGGAUCAUCCUCUUUGACACUCUUGUUGGCGCCUGCGGUGGGAACUAUUCAGCCAUGACAUCCGUGGUCUAUUCCCCUGAUUUUCCCGACACUUAUGCCACAGGACGAGUCUGCUACUGGACCAUUCGGGUUCCGGGAGCCUCCCACAUCCACUUCAACUUCACCUUAUUUGACAUCAGGGAUUCUGCAGACAUGGUGGAGCUGCUGGAUGGCUACACCCACCGCGUCCUGGUCCGUUUCAAUGGAAGGAACCGCCCACCUUUAUCUUUUAAUGUCUCUCUGGAUUUUGUCAUUUUAUACUUCUUCUCUGAUCGCAUUAAUCAGGCCCAGGGAUUUGCCGUCUUAUACCAAGCUGUCAAGGAAGAACGGCCACAAGAGAGGCCCACCGUCAACCAGACCCUGGCCCAGGUGAUCACAGAGCAGGCCAACCUCAGCGUCAGUGCCGCACGCUCCUCCAAAGUCCUCUACGUCAUCACCACCAGCCCCAGCCACCCGCCGCAGACCGUCCCAGGUAGCAGUUCCUGGGCACCCUCAGUAGGGGCUGGCGGCUACAGAGUUGAAGGAUGGACAGUAUAUGGCCUGGCAACCCUCCUCAUCCUCACGGUCACAGCCAUUGUCGCAAAGAUACUUCUGCAUGUCACAUUCAAAUCCCAUCGUGUUCCUGCUUCAGGGGACCUUAGGGAUUGCCAUCAACCAGGGACUUCAGGGGAAAUCUGGAGCAUUUUUUAUAAGCCUUCUACUUCAAUUUCCAUCUUUAAGAAGAAGCUCAAGGGUCAGAGUCAACAGGAUGACCGCAAUCCCCUUGUGAGUGACUAAAACCACACAGUUCCUAGGACUCGAGGCCCCUCUUUGAGCUCAAGGCUGCCAGGGUCGACCUCCCCUGUGGCUCUCUGACCGACUCUUCCCUGCCUGCCCUCCACCUCAGUCUCUUGGGUGCCCUCUGACGGACUGAGAAGGGGCGCCAUGCUGCAGGGGAGCAUAGCCCUCUUCCUCCUCCUUCACCAGCUGCACUUAGGAGAGAGACUCAAGGCCUCAGGGCCAGGCCCUCCCUGCACCCCUCUCUGGUCUGGCAACUGGGGGUGGCAGGACAGGGCUGAGAUGACAGAGAUGGCCACGCUGACACUGGGCUCAGGUCCAUCCUAGAUGACUGUUUGGGUGAUGGGUAGGUUUAGUGUAUGUUGAAUUUUUCUUGCUUCUUCUUUAUUUUGUCCACAUACGGAUCAGUUUCCCCUGGUCUUCACAGUUUGGAACAGGACCAGACGAAGAAUUCUCAGGUUCUUUUGAGGGCUGGCCUGGUCCUGUACAAACGUGGACUCCUGGGCAUUAGCACCCACCAAAGGGUAAAGGGAGUCGGUGCUCUUACUGGGUGCUAGGCUAGGACGGCCUGGGGAGGCCUGAGAAGAGGGCAGGUGACCCCCGUCCGGGUCUUCCGCACACAGGCUUCUUUCUAGAGGUUUUUUCCCAUAGCUCAGUGAUCUGCAGAGUAAAUUUGAGGAGUGGACUUAUAAACCGUCCACUCAUUAUCAUGACACAGAGUCUGCUGGACGCAUCUUAGGCACUCAGCAAUUACUUACGGAUGGAUUUGUCUGGCCUGGCCCCUAGCGGUCCCAGGUCCUGUGGAACCUGCUCCAGGCCAUUUUCUCUGUGCUCUCAGCUGACUCUCAGUUCAAAACAGGGAGUUUAAAACUGGCCCAGCCUCUGGCAGCAUUGAGUGAGACCCGGGCUGACAGUGCCUACUGUAGUGUCUCUCCUUGUGAAAGAAGGUUACACACACACACACACACACACACACACACACACACACACACACACGGUGGCUGUGUGCUCUGCCCCUUAUGGGGACUGAGAGGCCUCAGGAGUGACUCUGUGGGGCAGAAAAAGGUUCUCACCCCUGGUCUCAUGCCACCUGGUCCCUCAUGCAGAGAUUGGUGUGAGGGGAAGGGAAAGUUGGGAACCGGCGAUCCUCAGAGGAUAGGCUCAGAGGUUGAGAGCUCCAGCUGUAGCGGCCGCUGGCUGCGGGAGAAGCGCUGUCUUCAGAGGUGCCUGCUUUCCGGAAGCUGGCUUUGUCCACAGCAGCUGAGAAGAGCAGCCUGUGCCCUGAGGGACCUUUGCCAGAGUGUGGCUGUCCCCUGGGCACUCGGUCUAAGUGCUUGUUGUGCUUCUGGCCUCCUGGGUCCCCUCCUGGGCACUGUGCCUACCUCCCCCAAGUCUCCAAGCCACUGCCUGCUAGGACCCUUCCUGGGAUUCUGGCCACCCGUUGAACCUAGCUGCUCCUGGGAGGAUGAAAGGUUGAAUGAAAGGGGCCAGCUGAGAAGUGCCUGCAGGGAGAGGUGACAUUCAGCAAUGCCAGUCCAGGGGAGAUGCUGGGCAUUAAGAGGGAAGCAGGCAGUGUGUCCACAGGCAGGCAGGGGUGCUGCCCAGGAACCGUGCAUGCAAGGUCUGCUGAGGCGCCGAGCUCCUGGCUGCCAUCUCCACUGUCUGAUAGAAAGGGCGACUACCCCAGAACAGCUGUCUGCGGGCCCCUGGGUCUAGAGACAGGCCCUCACACACUAGUACCACUGGAAAUACACUGACCCCCGCGUCUCCUCCAAGCUGUUCAUGGCUUUUGUAGAAUCUUCUGUCGAGCACACGCGUCAGGUGUGUGUGCUCACCUGGGGCCCUGUGCUGUGAAUAGACAGACCCCUGCGCAGCUUGAUGGGACUUGGAGCCCAGGAAGGGCUCUUCUGGCCAGAGGUGCUUCUCAUUGCCCCAGGCGACCACUGAUCACUGGGCUUGGGCCUCCUGGAAGCCACCCACCCAUCUGCCCUCCUCACCCUCCUCCUCUCAGGACGCCAAGCCCUAGCCAGCAUGUCAUCUGAGCUGCAACUGGAGCCGCCCCUUCUUAGAGACUCCAGGAAGGGCAGUGAUGCCCCCGAGCUCCUCCUGGUAGCCUGGAAACAGCCAGUUCCUUCUGAUCAACAUCCUCUCCAGGGAGCAACCAUAGCACGGGGAGGAGGGCUGCGCACUGUCCCAGGCCAGACCUCCGUACACAUCCGGCUCUGGCCUUAGAGCCUGUCGGCAGCAUUCCCCAGAGGGCCCCUAGAGCCACAGAAACACCCAGGAAAUCAGUUACCCCAGAGGAGGUGAGGUGUGCUUCCAGGAGCACUGGAGGAGGAAGCACUGGAUCUGAGAAUCACCUGGAGAUGAGAGGGAGGUAGGAGGUGACUGGAAUGGGCAGCCCUGAGGAGCGUCAGUGGCAAAACAGCAGAAGACUGAAAGAGGCAGGGGUUGUGUCUGAAAACCCCUCCCACAGCCUCUGGAGGGGAGCGUGUUGGCCCGUGUGCCUUCCUCAACCCUGGGCUGCCUUCUCAGCAUGUCGCCCAGAGGGCUCUCACUAGCCGAGCUUGUCACCUCCUGGGUAACUGCACUUCAGCCUGUUGGGGACCAGCAGCCUGGUCUCUGGCAGUGUCUCACAGCGUCCUUGGCCCUGUUGAGAAGGCAGCAAGGGCACAGGGGGCAGUGUGUUCUUCCCCACUUGUCCAGUCACUUGCAAAGCAGAGAAUAAACAGGAAUGAACCCCAGGCCUUUGCCCAUGUCAGCAAGGACAGGGUGAGGCCUCUUGGGCAUGAGCAAGGUGACCGGGUGUAGCGACUUCUCAAAUGUGGAUUCUGGCUCCAGUCUCCGGUCAGCCCCAGUCCGCAGAGAUCAAAGCACUUUCAAGUACAGCUGUCCUGGCCUUCAGGUUGAACCCGCAGGGCGUGCCUGGGCCUGGUGCCAGCCUCUCACCCAUCGUCAGCCCGACAGGAGCCUGCCUGACCCCGCUCAGGAUCCAGAUUCGCCACUGGGCAGGUUCCAGGCACAGCGCAGGCCAUCGCCUGGCCCCCAAAGGCACCACGCACUUGAUCUUCAUGAGCACUUAGCAGUGAUGGCCUCCAAAAGUCCACUUUCCUGUCAGCUGAGGCCAGGCCAGGUCUCCCCAGGGUGGCCACCCCCACUGCACACCCAGGCACCCGGCACUCCUUGGGUCUCGUCUCCUGCGUGGCAUUUGAUGUCUGCUUCUUACUGCCAGGGGGCUCCUCCUGUCCAUCGUUUCCGCUGGUGUCUGUGUUUACCUUCCCCACUGUCUACCUCCUGGCCAGGUCUCAGCUUAGCUGCCCUGGCUUGGGGUGUUUUCCAAACCUCCAGCCACAGAGGCUUCCCUCAGACUGGACAGCUCGGGGGCCAGGGCGUCCCCUCUGCCCGCAGACCCCCCGGGGGCUACCGCACAGGCUCCUGUCUUGCUCACCCGAGCUGAGCACGGCCGAGGCAGCGGUGGGGCAGAGAGGACAGGCAGAGGCCCCUCCUGCUUCACCGGGGGAGGGUCUGUGGAGCUCCUGGAGGCCCCUCCUGCCCGCAGGGAUCCCCAGGGGUCUUGCUGCACCGAGACCCUCCACGUCCAAACUCGCCUUCCAGCAGGGAUUUUGAUUUUGGAUGACAAGGCUUUAUUUGUAAAUAUUCUCUUAAUAUGCAACUUUGAGAACAAAAUAGAAACAUCAUGUAUUUUAAAAUAUAAAAUGAAGUGUGACGCACUGUAUACAAUUUAAUAUAUAUUUUUAGGAUUUUGUUAUUUAAGAAAAUGGAAUGUAAUGGUACUUAACUUUUACAAAAGAGAGAAAAAAUGUUAUUUUUACUGUCUGAAGAAAAUAAAUAUUCUCAUUGUUGUAGAAAC